AUGGGCAUCCCCCAGCCACGGGCAUCUCCCAGCCAUGGGCAUCCCCCAGCCAUGCGCAUCCCCCAGCCGUGGCAUCCCCUGGCCAUGGCCUGGGCCGUGGAUCCAGGCUCCGACACGGCUCCUGUGCCCCCGCUGGCCCCGCUGCCCGAGCGGGCGGACGAGGCCAAGGCGGCGGCGGGGGACGACGGGGGCACCCCGCGCUGCGAGGAGCGCGUCGCCGGGCUGCUGGCCACCGCCGCCCGCCUGCACCGGACCGCCGAGCGGCUGCGGCGCUGGACCGGCAGGGAGGAGGAGGAGGAGGAGGAAGAGGAGGAGGAGGAGGAGGAGGAGGACCGGCCGCCCCGUGGCCCCGAUCUCUUCGCAGCCCUGCAGCAGGCCGUGAGCUCGCUGGAGCGCGCCGUCUUCUCCCGGCACGGGUGGCCGCUGGCACCCGGCGAGGAGUGGGCGCGGGCGGCCAAGAGCCUGCAGGAGCUUGACCGGCGGGGAGCCGGCGCGGGGCUGGCGGCCGAGGAGGCCGCGCGGUUCGAGGAGGAGGCGGCGGCGGCGGCGGCGGGGAAGGCGGCACUGCGGGCGGCCCUGGGGCGGCGCGAGGAGGAGCUGAGCCGGGCCACCGCCGCGCUGGGGGCUCUGCGGGACGAGCGCGACCGGCUCCAGAGGAAGGUGCGGGAGCUGCAGGACGCCCUGUGCCGGACGGAGACCCCGGGGCCCGGCGGUGCCCCGUGGCAGGACGAGCCGAGGCCGCCGCAGGUGAGCGCGGGCCGGUGCCGGGGCAGGGGGCAUGCCUGGGCUCCGCUCGACGCCAUGGGAGCCGCGCUGCCCCUCGCCCACGGCCCCGCUCCGGGGCUCCCGGCUCCUCUCCAGCAGCCCGUCGGCGCGGCCCACGACCCGCUGCGGCGGUCCCGGAGCUGCCACGGCGCGCUGCCCCACGGCCGCCCCCCGGCCCAGCCGCCCCCCAGCGCCGCCGAGGGCCCCGGCCGCCAGCUGCAGCAGCGGGUGCAGCAGCUGCAGGGGUGCAUCGAGCGGCUCAAGGCGGUGAACCAGCUGCUCUCGGCCACGCUGCGGGACUGCAAGGGCGACUCGGAGCGGCUCAGCAUGGUGCUGGGCCAGCACGAGUCGCACAGCACCGCGCUGCGCCUGGCCCUGCAGUGCAGCGAGCGCUGCGUGGAGGCCUAUGCCGCGCUGCUCCAGCUGACGCGGGCCAAGCUGGAGGACGGGACAGGCACCGGUGAGUCCCAACCUGGCGGGAUGCGGGAUCUGCCCGUGCCAUGCCCAGGGCCUGCAGUGGAGCAGGGAUGCGGGAGCGGAGCUGGCGCUGUGCAGCCGGAGGAGACGCAGCUCCCGGGGCGAGCGGAGCCGGACGGGCAGGAGGAGAGCAGCGGCGGUGGCUCCCCCGGCCCCGAGGUGCCACCGCUGGGUGCUGGCAGCAGCCCGGAUGAGGGGACCCUGCGCGAGCACAUCCGCCGGCUGCGUGCGGAGCAGGCGGCCGUGCAGGCGUCACUGCACGCCACCCCGGCACCCGCCAGCGCCGUCGCCCGGCGCAGCGAGGACGUCUGGGCUCGGGCCGAGCAGGCGCUCCGGGACGCGCGGCCCCCCCCGCCCGGCCCUGCGCCCCAGCGGAAGCCCGACAAAGCCCAGCUGCUGCAGGAGCUGGCGAUGCUCAAGGAGGCCAUGGCCGACCUGCGGACGCAGCUGCAGCUGGAGGAGACGGAGAAGCGGGGCCUGGCAGUGCUGGCGGCGGCGCAGGGGCCGCGGGAGGCGGCGCUGCUCCUGCUGCUCCAGCACCUGGAGCAGGAGCGGGGCGGGGGGCCUGGCAGCCCCGAGGAGGAUGCCCAGCCCGGCGGGACGGGCGCGACGGCUCCCCAGCGCCCCGCGGACCUGGAGAGCACGGCGCGAGAGCUGCUCGGCGCGCUGGCUCGGACGGAGGAGCUGCAUUCCCGGGCCCGGGCCCUGGCGCUCGCCCUGGAGCAGGCCAGCGCCGUCAGCCGGGCGCAGCAGGCGCAGUGCAGCGCCGUCACCGGCGACUUCUUCCAGGCUCACAGGUGGGUGGGGGGCACGCAGCCCCCCCUCAGCACGCCCCACAUGCACGGUCCGCCUCGGCACGCCCCAGACACGCGGUCCCCCCUGCACGGCCCAGGCUGCGUGGUCCCCACUCUGCAGGCCCCGGGGGUGCCCCCUCGGCAUGCGCCGACCUGCCGCCUCCUCCUGCCCCCCUGCACCCCACAGUCCUGCCGUGCACCCUUCCAGUCCCCCCCGUCUGCAUCCCCUGGGGGUGCAACCCCCCCUGCACCCCACAGCCCUGCUGUGCCCCCCUCCAGUCCCCCCCCGCCUGCAUCCCUCAGGGGUGCAACCCCCCCCCCGCGACGCACAGCCCUGCUGUGCCCACCUCCAGUCCCCCCCCGCCUGCAUCCCCUGGGGGUGCAACCCCCCCUGCCCCCCACAGUCCUGCUGUGCCCACCUCCAGUCCCCCCCCCGCCUGCAUCCCCCGGGGGUGCACCCCGCUCCCCGCACGCCCCACAUUGCGCGAUUCCUGCCGUGCACGCCGCGGGGGCUCAGGGGGCCGCGGGGCUGAGGCGCGGCACCCUCCGCAGCGCCCUGGCCCUGGCGUACCGCGGCGCGCGGCGGAAGCAGGAGGCCCAGCUGCGGCGGCUGGAGGCGCAGGCGGGCGCCGUGGGCGAGCAGCACGCGCGGCGGGCGCAGGCGCUGGCCCGUCGCCUCCAUCGCCUGCAGCAGCGCCGCGCCGCCGGCAGCGAGACCUGCAUCUAG